AUGUCAAAAAUUAAUUCAGGACUUCCAGCUGAAGUUAAGAAAUUCGAUAAAAAAUCAGCGAGGGUGUUCUCUAGUCUUUUAGAAGAAGAAAGCUAUCGCCAUUUUGAGUCGAGAGUUAUGUUGGCUGGCGAGCAGGGCACUGGAAAAACUACUAUUGCCAGACAUCUUGUCGGUAAACAACCAACAAAAUUCAGAAUGUCAACUGAUGGAAUAGAGUUAUACAAUGGUCUGUCAUUCAUGGACAUAGAAACAAACUGCUGGCUUGGUGGACAACAAGACUUUACAAUGGAAGAAUUAACCAUUACCAGAUCUCUUAUACAAGACGAAACACUGAAGAAAGGAAAAUGUAAUGUACGCAAUAAAAAGGGGAUCAGUCAAAAUACGUUAGAUAGAGAAGACACGCCCUUGUCUGCAUCUAAAACACCAGAAAAAAUACAUGAAAGGCAUGCUUCACAUUCGUUUGAUUUAACAGCUAAAUGGUCGGAUUUUGAAGGUAAAUUGUCAAAUACGACUUCCAGAACAGAAAGUCUAAAUGAUACAUUCCGGUCAAAUCAUCACAAGCAUGUCAAUCCUGACGAUGAACCCAAACAACUAUCGGAUGACCAGUCUGAACACAAAGAGAUAAAAGAAAACAGAGAUAGCAGUUUUGGAGCAGGUUUGCAUGAUAGUAGCCAUGGCCGUCCUGUAAGCCCGUCAAGUAGAUCAGUCGAAGACAGUAAUUUAUCAGAUUACCUUAUCAGUGUGGAUGAACCAAACAAAUAUGAUCUACCUACCACACAGGAACCCAUUGACACUUUUGAUGACACAUACACCAAUGAAGUUCUAUAUGAUGAAGAGACCUCGACGAGCGUCCCGGAUUAUCUUCAUUCGGAGUCGGGUUUUACUGGAGAUGUGCACAUAGAGACUGUCACUAAACCUGCAAUAAUCAGAAAGCUAAAAAACUUUUUUGGUAUUUCCAAGAAAGUUAAAGAGGUCAAAGUGUCGAUCACAAAAGAAAAAUUCUUUGAGAAGUCUGUUAAGGUUGGGAAAAAGCUGUUACACAAUAAAAAUAUAGCACCUAUAAUAAUCUGGGAUUUUGGUGGGCAGGAUGUUUUCUACUCAACUCAUCAGACAUUUCUGACAUACAGAGCUAUUUACAUAAUUGUGUUGGACGGAAGUAGAAAACUUGAUGAUCCUUGUCCAACUGAACAAUAUCUCCCAGGAAAGAGUGGACAAAAAACAGCAAAAGAUUAUCUGCUAUUUUGGAUCAACACAAUUGUAACAUACUGUAAAGGGAGUGUGAAAGGUUUUCCUAGAAUUAUCAUUGUUCUGACCCACAAGGAUAAGUUAGAUCCUAAUAAAAUUGAACAGAGACGAACAGAGGUAUUUGCAGAAAUCAAACACAUGUUUUUACAAACACCAUUCAUGCAGCACUUGGUAAUUGAAGAUCAGAUAUUUGUAAACGCUAAAGACAAAUGUGAUCCAGAGUUGGCUAAAUUAAAGAAUAUCAUAAUCAGAGAAUCGAAGAUGCAGCCAACAUGGGGUGAACCUCUUCCAAAAUGUUUUAUUCCUUUAGAACUAGAAUUUGCAUCGCUAAUCAAACGCAAUAUUCCACUGAUUACAAUGGAGCAUUUGCAGAAAAUCAACUCACUACAACCUAUACGAUCCUUGACAGAAUCUGAGUUAAAAGUAUUCCUGAAAUUUCAACACGCCAUAGGCAAGGUGUUAUACUUUGAUGAACACAGAUUAAACCGUCAUGUUAUUUUGUCGCCAACACAUUUAAUUGAUGCCUUUAAGUCUAUUGUUACUGAUAGAAGUUUCUGUCAAGGAGACAAAGAAAGAGAAGAGUUAUGGGAUGUAAUGGGCAAAAAAGGGGUGGUCUCAAAACAAGUCAUCCAACAAAUUUGGAAGAAAAAGAAAUAUCGGACAUUUUACAAUGAUAAAGAUUAUUUACUGAAUGUCAUGACCCAUCUCGAUAUAUUGGUUGAACCAAGGAAAUACGAUUUAGACCACAACCGUAUACCCGCUGACUUUUAUUAUAUUGCAAGUAUGGUACGAGCGAAAGAUGAAACUGGGUAUCUUAAGUCAGCUGGCAUCGCUAACAGGAGUAUUGCCAUAGCUUUUCAGUCUUCUUCACUGAUGAUACCUCCUGCAUUAUCAUUUAGAUUUAUAAGUUACUGUCUAUAUGUAUGGGCGGUGAAAACUUACGGAGGGUCCAAGAAUGACAUGCUGUUCCACAGGUCAGGGGUGUUCACUCUAGAUCCUUCUUUGGAUAUGUCCAUUACUUGCGAAGAUGACAUGAUUAUUGCCCGGCUUGUUCAUGCUAGAACAAACACACUGAUAUCGAAGGAUAUGGCUCACAGCAUUAUUGCGUGUUUAACAUCUGCGUUAGAAAAAAUAAGUCAGUUGUAUAUCAGAACAAGCAGCGACUCCAGUGAAAUCAGUGACGCAGCCUUUGUUACAAGAAUUUGCUGUAACUCACCAGAUAAUUCCUGUAUCAUCGACGUCAGCCAACUAGAAAACAUAAGUAACAUAUGGAUAUGUCCUUCACAUGGGAUUGAACAUAACAUAAAUAUAAUCACAUCAUGGUUUCAAGAAAAGGUAUAUAAAAAUAAGUUUGAGUCAAAUUAUAAACAAAAGGGAUACUCAAACUCAUGA